AUGGCACGCCCUGCUCCAGAGGUGACGGUGAGUUCGCGAACGUUGGGCGGGCGGGAGGUGUGCUUUCAGAUCGGGGUUGAGGAGCCGGUGCUGAGCGUGAAGAGGCGUGUGGCCAGUGAGCUGCGGGUGCCAGAUUUCACCAUACAGUUGGUGCAGCAGGGUGUGACUUUAAAGAACGAGACCACGCUGCUCAAGGAUCUUUUAAGAGACGACGUUACGGACCCUUCCCUCGACUUGGUCAUCGUCCGAAUUCCAGGGCAGUUGCUGGACUACCGCCAACUGUUGAGCAAGUUCGUCCGCGCCGCAGACGACAGUCGUUUCGAAGAGGCGCGACAGCUGCUCGACGAGGGCGCCGGUUUCGAUGCCGAGGGAAACCUGCUGUUGGCAGACUUCGGGAGCAAUGUGCUUCAUGUUGCCGUGCGAGGGAGGCUCAACGAUCUCGCGCUGCAUUUGAUCAGCCAGGGUGUGGACCUGGAUUUUCGCAACGAGAUGGGUCGAACCCCCCUCGUACAGGCUUGCAUCAAGAACACGCCGGAAGUCAUCACAGCGUUGUUGGCCGCGCGGGCUGACGUCAACAAGAAGGAUUCGCACAGCCGAUCGGCAGUUUACUAUGCUGCCAUGAAGGAGAACGCGUCUAUGGUGCAGCAACUUAUUGAGGCCGGUGCAGACCCCGGAGAACUGGA